AUGAAAGGUGUAACUAUUUUGUGUCACCUCGAUAUAACCGAUGCUUAUUCUCACUUGACGGUUGAUGAAGAUUUCAGUCAUGCUCUUACACUGAACACACCUACGCAUGGAUUGAUUCGCCCUACACGAGCUGUAUACGGCGCAGCGAAUAUUCCUGCAAUUUGGCAAUGGCGAGUGGAAACGGUUCUACAAGGACUUCCGAAUGUUGUGAACUUCUACGACGACCUUUUAAUUCAUGCGGUUAACUUAGAGGAAAUGCUAAAUGUGCUGGAGAAAACGUUGGAUAGGUUAUGGACCAAUGUACUUCACUUAAAUCGAUCCAAGUGUGUGUUCGGAGCACCUGCUGUUGAGUUCCUGGGACAUAAGAUUGAUGCGGCCGGGGUGCACAAGUCCGACAGACAUAUUGAAGCAAUACGUGAUACGAAAAAACCAUCGAACGCUGAUGAGUUCCUGAUGUUUUUGUGCAAGGCAACUUAUUAUAGUGAUUUUAUUCCCAAUCUCUCCACACGAGACAAACCCCUCCGAGACAUGUUGCUCCAGGAGAACUUCAAAUGGAACACAAAUGCAGAUGCAGCGUACGAAGAAAUCAAAAGUGCGUUAAUUUCGCCGCAGGAUGAUAUUUUGGGAAGAAUUGUUCGUGCUCUAGAAGAUAGUCAAACGUUGGAACGUGUGGGCUUCAAAUCUCCAGAAAUCAACUAUCGAAUUGGUGCUGGCUGUCUAGUGUAUGAGCACCGAGUGAUCGUACCCCGUUCGCUACAAGAAACUGUUCUGAAGGAUUUACACGUGGGACACCUGGGAAAAGUGAAAAUGAAGGGGCUGGCGCGAUCAUUUGUAUAUUGGCCCGGAAUAGAUGCAGACAUCGAGCGGGCUGCGAAAAAUUGUCAUGAAUAUGCUAAAUACGCGAACGAUCCUCCAAAAUUUCGGGACCACGUAUGGAAAUAUCCGAAAGUGCCGUGGGAGCGCAUUCAUAUAGAUUUUGCUGGGCCUCUCCUGGAAGUGAUGCUGCUCAUAAUCACGGAUGCUUACACACACGGAGUUCCUGUUACAGUCGUUUCCGAUAACGGUACCAACUUUACAUUUACUGAGUUCAAAACAUAUCUUCGGAUGGUAGGCGUUAAGUAUCAUAAAUUGACUGCUCCAUAUCAUCCAUCAACGAAUGGGCAAGCCGAACGUAGUGUGCAGACGGUGAAAAGUGUCCUCAAAGCUAUGGAUACAACGAGAAGCAGUAUACAACAAAACUUGAAGACAUUUCUUCGUCAGUACAGGAGAGCGCCUCACUCUACUACAGGUCAACCUCCAUGUCAACUGUUUUUGGGUCGUAAUAUUCGGAUGCGCUAG